UGUUUCUUUUGUAAACGCGCGAAAAUACUUGAUAAUGGAGAAAGCGCAGUAGACGAAUUUUGAUUUAAUGUCAAAUAGGGAGCGGGCUAGUCGUAGACGAAUGAGUCGCGGCUGUGUCUGGUUAUUUUGAGAUAUUUACUCGUCAAGAUCGGUCUGAACAGAAAAGCAGAAUGCUGAUUCAAAAAUCGCACCUAAUAAUCAUCGUCUUGUGUAUUAUCUCUGGAAUAUCAAUCACAGAUACGGCAUUCAGUACCACAUGUUAUGGAUCUGAGCCAGUCUGUACAACACAUAUAAUGCAGUGUAAACGACCCUUGGUUGUAUAUAUUACCAAUGCUAACUAUGGAUUCAGGCCCAAUUGUUCAGCUGUGGGUAUUUCCAACUGUGACGACACCGCGUGCUGUAGAAGUCAGGAUAACGACUGCAUUUUACCCUUUAACCGAUCAGAUGUCGAUGUGUUGCACCGGAACUGUUCUGGAAAUACAACAUGUAAAUUGCCAGGGUCUUUGACUGAUCAGAUGUGUGAUAAAGACAGAGAUUUGCGAUACAGCUCCUACAGUCAAAUAGAAUUUGAAUGUGUUAUAAAAGGACAAACACCAACAACCACGCCCUCAAUUGCCACAACAUCAAUAUCACCAACAACUCCAUUAACUCUAGCUUCCACAACAGAGAACUCGACAACGGAAACAACUAAAGCCAAUGAUACAUUAACACGCAACAGUUCCUCGGGUUUCAGUAGUAUUCCCCCUACUUAUAUCACAGAGAACUCGACAACGGAAACAACACGCAGCAGUUCCUCGGUAUUAAGUACUACUCCUAAUAUUAAACAAUCCAACAUACUACCCAACGGGGCCACUGUUGAUGAUGAAAGAGUAACCAAUUCAGAUUUAAAGUUAAUUAUAGGAGCUGCUGUUGGUGGUCUUCUAGUGAUUUUUAUUAUUAUUAUUGCCGCUGUCAAUAUCUAUAGGUGGAAACGACGGGCGAGAAAAAACGAAAGUAGCUCUUCAAAUAGUAAGAAAUACAACAAUCAUCAUUCAAAGAGAGACUAUGGUGCUUCAAACGGUUCUUACGAUCAACAUUAUUCUACUAUAAGAUCUCUGGAAGGAGGGUUAUCAACUCCGCCUUUACCACCUGCACCAACACGCGGGAUACUUCGAGGUCCUAAAAGACAUUCCGCGUUUUCUUACCAAGCCUGAAUGUAUUGCUGACUGUGUUACCCUAAGAGGAUGUUACACACACACACACACCCACACACCCACACACCUUGACUUUUAAUUAAACAUAUUUAACAUGAUUCGUCCUUAACAAUUACGGCUUUUUCUUCAGAUAUCAAAACAAUUUAAUAGUGUAACAUUUAAUUAAUUCUACCUUCAAGAACUUUGAAAUCAUGAUGGAUUUAUUAUAUAAAAUCGCUGUUCAGUGUGUGCAAUAGGAGUCAAUGGUGAACGCCAAAAAAUGGAAUAAUACUGAAAAUCAAGAAGUGGUUUAUUGACUAUAUUAUAAUAUAAGUCCCGGGAUCAAAACAAGACGUAGUUAAAAGCAAGGAGGGAAAUUCAUUUCAUCCAAAUCGUAUGUCAGAUCAAAACCCCUAACUUUACAAGAUGGUGGUGUACUUGUCCCCGUCUAUUCAAAAGGACAAGGGAGGUUGUUCGGCCAAAUGGUUAGCGCGUGCGCGUUGUAUCAUAAGGUAUGUAAUUGAGUCAACUGGCGUGUCGAUUACCCGGCUGUACGUGACAAGGUUUAGGGUCACCUGUCCAACCUUGUGAGUUUCCUCCCACUGCAAAAGAAAUAAAAUUGAACCAUGUAUUGGACCCGAAAUGACCCGUUUUGCUCUCUCUCUCUCUCUCUGUCUCUCUCUCUCUCUCCAGGACAAUAGUUAUGCUAGGUUUCCACUAACACGAUUCGUGCUCUGAUUGAAAUCGUGAUUUUAAUCGCGGAGUAAUAGAAGUGAUCCUAUCAGGUCUUAUCAUAUAUUGAGGUCAGUGUUGAUCGUAUCGAAACAUAUCCUAAUAUAUCUGCACGUAGCAGAUCGUGGACUCAAUAGGGACAAUCCUGUCGUAACGCAUCGCACGACAGUGGGAACCUAGCAUGUGAUGUGUUCAUUUUGGGACGUAAACAGUUUUGUAUUGGUUAUUAUAUUCUCCUCUAUGGAGAAAAUGUAUCGAGUGGAGUAUAGAUAUGUGAUUAUUUGACGUGUGUAUGAGUUGUUGAUUCUAUUGUUAAAUAUGUAAUGUAAAACUAGGUUUAGAAGGCCAUUAUAACAUACAUCACGGUGAGCGGUCGAAUCAUUGUUACUUUAUGCAAUGUAAAACUAGGUUUAGAAGGUCAUUAUGACUAUUGAAACAAACAUCACACUGAGCGGUCGAAUCAUUGUAUUGACAGGGUAUUAAAUUGUUGUUACCAUUCAACAUACUUCAAAUAAAUAAAUGACAUUUGGCAUGUUGUUUAA